AUAUCGCAAAAACAGCUGAUCGCCUUGAACUCUUUUUAAUUUCUGCAAAAGUUUUUUAACAUUUAAAAUAGUGUUUACUUAUUAAGAGCAAUGGCAUCUGCAUCUAGUUCGAGUGCCCGACACCUCUUCGAUGAGUCCAAGAAGCGUCUGUGUGCCCGCGUUGGGAUAAACGUGAAUAAUUUGGGCUCUGUGGCACGCCAGGUUGUGCGGGCAUCCAAAACCAAUGAGUUUUUUCUCCUUCAGAUUAUGCAUCAGACUCUGAAGAACUUUACUCAGGUCGAUGUUGUGUCGGAUUACAGCUCUCAGAAUCUGCAGAAGAUGAGCCUGAUCCUGCAGCACGUUGGCUAUCAGUACGAUGUGAUGCAGGACAGCGUCAAUCAUUUGGAUUACCUCAAGGAGCAGGUGACGGCCAUGGAAAGAUGAUUGGAAGAGCAAAAGCCUAGGCAGUAGAAGCACCCACUCACCAGUCACCCUUUAAUCAUCUAUCCAAGCCCUACCAUUGCCCUCUAUAUAUUUUCAUAAAUACCAAAGAUAGCCAGGGACAAGGUCUUCCUCUGACCCUGGCUAAGGCCACCGAAAAACCGU